AUGAAUGAAUAAGAGAAAUUUGAAUCACCUAUUACAAAGAAAAUUUCUGAAGAUGAAAUGAUUAAGGAGAAAGAAGUUCUUUAAGCUAUAUUAAUUUUAAACUUCUUAAUGUAUGAAUACUUGCAUAGUUUAGACUUUAAUAUAAUAAAAUAAACAGGAAAACAAUGUAAUAGUUCUAUUCAAAGCAUUGAUAACUAUUUUCUAAGAUUCUGAAAAUUGGAUUCCAAAAAUAUUAAAGAUUGGUCAACCAUUUAAAGAAAAAUUGGACACACAUCAAAAUUCAUCCAAAUGUUAUAAAAUUUUCAAAAUAUUACAUUACAGAGUGCAAAAUUUUAAAAACUUAAGCUUUUUUUAUUAGAUGUGAACACUUAAAAAUUAUCUGAAAGAGCAAACAAUUUAUUAAAAAUUGUCAAGUCGCUUCUUCAAUAUUAUAGCAAUCCCUUCGAUUAGUCUGAUUAUGAUGACUCUUAAUUAACUUAUUAAUUUUAAAAUGAACCUCCUUUAAGUCCCAUUAAAACUUCUUGUAUUAUGGAAUAAGAUUCGGAAAUCAUAAUGCUAGAAUUAAUAAAGAUAGAAUAAUUUAGUACAAUCCCAAUUGAGAUUAAAUAAUCAUGUUAAAUAAAUCAAAUAAGGUCAUGGAGUCCAACUAUAGCAUCUUCGUGGAGCAAGACCAGAACCAUUUAGUCAUGUUAGCAUCAUAGAUUGUCUAUUUCUAUUAGCAAUUCUAUAAAAUAAUAAAGUAGUUCCCAGUGGAACUUACUUUAGAGAAAGGUCAUAAACUAAUACUCAAAAUAAAUUCGAUUAGAUUGA